AUGGCGGCAUCAGAAAUUGUUGGUAAGAGAAUCACUAGGAUGGCAGCAUCAGAAAUUGUUGGUAAAAGAAUCGACAGAGGAGUAAGGACUAGAAUUAGGCCAGUGGAGGAAGAUUAUACUUACAAGUAUUUUGAGGUCAUAUUAGUUAACCAAGCUCAUGUUGCUAUAUGCAAUUAUCUUAGAAUCAACUGGAUUUGUUUCCCCUUCCAUAAGCAUAAAAAGCUUAGGGGUUUACAUCUGUUAGAAAGAACAAUAGAGAGGUCUAAGGGUAGAGGACACUUCAACCAUAAGGAGAAUGUGGUGAUAGCUUCGUCCUCUUACUCCUUGAAGAAAUCGACUAGGAUGGCGGAAUUAGAAAUUGUUGGUAAGAGAAUCACUAGGAUGGCGACAUCAGAAAUUGUUGGUAAGAGAAUCGAUAGAGGAGUAAGGACUAGAAUUAGGCUAGUGGAGGAAGAGAUGAUAGCGAUGCAGGAGACUGUGGGGGAUGAUGAUGAGAAGGUGAAUGAUGGGACUGAUGGGAAAGACGAUGUAAUGGAGGACAAUGAGAAGAAGGUGGAGACCGAUGAGAAGGUGGAUGAUGAUGAAAAGGUGGAGGAUGAAAGAAAAGACAACGAUGAGAAGGUAGAUGAUGAUGAGAAGGUGGAGGAUGAACGAAAAGACAACGAUGCGAAGGUGGAGGACGUAAAGAUAGAGGUUGAGGCUAAAUUGGAGGACGGUGUGGCUAGGGUGGAUGAUGUGGAGGUUGAUCUGAAACUGAAGGAUUUGAAAGUGAAUGUGAAGGAUGAGAAGACUGUGGGGGAUGUGAAGGCAAAUGAUGACAAUGAUGACAAUGACGAUUUCCAGUUAUACAAUACUCCUCCUAAAGGAAAUUAUGGGAGGAGAGUGAGGAAGCCGAAAAAAGAUGACUCGUACACCAACCCUUCCUUGUCAAAAAUGCCCAAGACAAAGGAUCCUAUGAAAGUGAAUCACCUUCAAAAAUUUGAUGAUGAGCUACUUCAUAAAGUAAAGGCGUGGUUGGAUGAUCCAAAAACCGAUAAUUCGACAACGGAUUUACAUACGGUUCAAGCAAAGAAGGAAGUGUUGGUUAGAGUUGUAACAAGACUUACAUGGAUUGAAGACGAGGAAAUCGAUGCAUUCUGCCAUCUUCUGCGGAAAAGGAUUUCCUGCUAUCCCAAGACAUAUAAAAAUACACAUGCGGCAAUUGGGGAUUGCGUAUUGUCGGAUAGAAUCAGGCGACUGCACAGGGAUUUUAUUAAGGAUCCUGCCAAAUUUCCAGUCGACGAAUUCAAAGACUAUUAUAUGGGCGCACCACAUAGAUAUAUGCCAGAAUGGUCAACAAUUGACGAUGUCUACAUGCCAGUGAACAUUAACCAGAAACACUGGAUUUUGUGUGUAGCACGUCUUCAAAAGUACCGCAUUGAAGUGUACGACUGUGAUGCCUAUCUUUAUAAGAAUCUGGAUCCUUAUUUGAAACCCUUCUGCGACAUGAUUCCAAUUAUAUUCGCCAAAACAAUCACUCCCGGUGAGAGGGUAAGGUAUCCUAAUUUCAACUUCGAAGGCCCCAUCCAACCAAUGACUUACAAACGGUUUCCACACCCCAAAGUGAAAACCGCUGCUGCUAAGGUUGGAGAAGUCCCACGGGCAACAGAGAGCGGGGACUGUGGGGUCUUCACGCUAAUGUACAUGGAACACUUGACCGCUAAUCAACCCGUGCACAAUGUGACCUCAGAAAACAUGGGGUUUUUUAGGCAGAAGAUGGCGGUCCGGUUAUUCCAUCAGAUUAUGGAACCUUAA